AUGGAUGGCCUUUCUAGAUACCGCGAUGACGAUAUCCCAGUCCCGUUUGAUCCUCUGACUGAUGUCCCUGAGGAUACGAACAUAUUGCUCAAGACUUUACAACCAUAUUUUGAGGAGACUGUCGAGCUUACAAGUCCCGGUCACUGGAGUAUCGGUUCCCUGAUGCUUUGCGAGAAAGUUGAAGAGGGACAAAAGGUGCCUUCUGACGUGGUUUGUAGUUGGAGCGAUGAGGGCAAGACAUAUUGCAUCCGAAAACGACCUACACCAAGGAUAACGAUAGAUGGAGAGCCUAAAGGAGAUAUUCUGACAGGGAGAGUUUCUCGCGGGUACAACGCUGCGUUAUGGAUGCUAAGCCCGAACGUUUUCUGUAAAGUCAAAUCCUGGGCUGAGGGCCUGACUACCGAAGCUAGCACAAUCCGAUUUGUUAAUAAGCAUGUGCCUUCUAUUCCAACAGAGGAAAUAAUAUGCGAGUGGAUUGACCAAAAGUGGAAGAGAACUGUUAUGCUUUCACGACGAGUUGCCGGGACUCGGUAUAAUGAGGCAUGGCCCCGUCUUACAAUUAUACAGAGGCUUCAAGUCGCGCAUGAGGUUGCAGGUCAUUUUAAAGAACUUGCUAAACAUGAAUCAGAUUAUGUUGAAACAGUUUCAGGAGGGGCGAUUGCGGGACAGUACUCACUUCGGAUACGGGAAACGCUGCCAGCGUGGAAACCUCGGAUAGAAUCAAGAGUUUCGCAAGAGGAUCAUUUUGAAUAUCUUAAAAGGCAGGACGAAGGAAUCGAGCCCUUAGAUGCCGACGAUCCUUUUGUAUUGCAACAUGUGGAUUGUGGCCCAAAGCACUUUUUUGUUACAAUACCAACUGAUCCCUUGGAGGCUCCCAAAGUAACAGCGAUUAUGUAUUGGGAAGGGGCAGGCUACUUGCCUAAGUGGAGAGUUGCCACCGAGCCUCGAUUAAACAGAAACUUCGCUAUAUACACUCCACCAAUCCUCCAAGAUUCCACUAUAGUCUAUCCGACCCCCCCCAAAGAUUUCGCUGAUUGGAUGUGGAUGUUGUCACAUGCCUGCGUCCGAGCAGGCUUUCCAUUGUACACGAGUUAUAUGAUGCGACAGGGCAGAAGGGCGCUAAGACAGUAUCCUGCCGCGCGUAUUGAAUUUGCUGUUAGUACCACGAAUCUGCCAGGUGCACAAGUGGCGCAGGGUGCAGAAGCGGCGGGUGCUGAAGCGGCGCCGGAGCUCUUGUUGCUUCCUCUCUUGCGCCGGUUCCUCUCUAUUUAG